AUGGAGAAGAGUCUACAGAAGUACCUCAGACAUUACAAGGUUACCGCCCUAGAGAAUUAUCUAGAUGAACUAAUCUCCAAAAAUGAGGCUCAUUUUCAGAUUGUGGGAUAUGGGAUCUCGCCUUGUAAUGACGGUUAUCGAUACACGAAGGCAGGAGCCGCUAGCGACGAUGCUUCGCUCUGGACCCACAUAGUCAUUUCAGUAAAAGGAAUCGUCAGCAAACACUUGGCAGAAGAUAUACUUGAAAGUAUUGAUAAGGAGAUAUCCUCGAAGCUGUCGCCAGAGCAAAAGCCGCCACGAGUCUCGUAUACUCUUGAUGACGACUCGAACACGCUAUAUCGAGCGAGAUCACCCAGGAUUAAGGGGACCCUACCGGAUGCUCGUGGAAGCCCAAAAAUACCGGCUCACGAGGAAACGGACCUUACACCCCUGGGAAGCCCUAGAGGUGGUUAUGUUGUCAAGUCCAAUUUCAUAGACGUUGAAAUAGCUUUUGAGGAUCGCGGUUAGUGGCGUCUCCGCUGGUUGCUCAACAGUGUUAAAAAGUAAAUCGCUGUCACGUGCUCGUAUAAUAGGCUAUCUGAGCUGUGAGAGACCGAGUCAUAUCCAGUGGACGGAUACUGGGUCGUAGAAAUGAUAGCUUAUUUUACGGCGCAGAACCUUAGUAACAUUGUCAAAGUCUCUAGUAUAUCGACUGCGUGAUU